AUGGCUAAAGUCACCUACGAUCAAUCUUUCCUUUUGGGUGAUCCAAAUGUAAGCCAAGAACAAUACCUGCGGGUUAAUCAAAGCAAAAUUGAUGCGGAAAACAACAAGUUUAAUGAUAUUGUCCAAGGCAAUUUCCAGGAUCACUAUCGAAAUCUCACAUACAAGCAUAUCAUGGGUCUGACUUGGGCUACGCACUUCUGCUCUCGUGCGGUGUUCGUAAUCAAGAUGGAUGAUGACAUUACAGUGAAUUUUUUUCACGUACGACAACUUUUGCAAACCAGGUACACUAACAUCAAAAAUGUUCUACUAGGACUAGUUGUAAUUAAGGCGAAGCCUUUUAGAUUAAACAACAAAUGGCAGGUAACGCAAGAGGAAUAUGUCGGUGAUGAAUACCCUACAUAUUUAAGCGGAUGGUUCUACAUUGCACCAAUGGAAACUGCGAGGAAACUGGUAGGAAACGCUCACAGAUUUCGAUAUUUUUGGAUUGAUGACGUCUUCGUAACUGGGAUAAUAGCGCAAGACCUGCAAAUAGAACGGCGAAACAUUGACACCAAGAUUGAAACAUGGUCUUCAUGGGAAAAGCCCCCACGAGAUAAUUAG